GGCACAUACUGUGUGCAGAGCACUGUGUUAAGCACCCACUAGGUACACGAUAAUUUACCAGAGUGGGGAAAAUGGAAAUUUCUGAAGCACGGUGUUUAUUUUCCGUACCGGAUGCGUUCAUUUUUCGGCUUUAGGAACUCUAUUUCGCGUAAUACCUGAAUUAGUGGCGGUCGGUGGGCUCUCCGUGAAACUUAAAAAAGUCUCGGUGUAUUUAAAAAGUCAUCCGGCGAUUCCUUGGCGGUUGAGGUGCCCCAUCCUAAGGGGCCUAAGCACGUCAGUAAACAAAAGGAGCCGUUAAUCACCUGGACGUAGAGAGUCGUCUGCACUGUCUUCAGCCGGAAUUCAGGAGGGAAAAUCUCAUUAAAAAUCUCGAUCUCAAGGAAAAAUCUCAAGAAGCCACACCGCUGACUGGGCAUCCCUCCAGUUUGUGCGGCCUCUUUAGCGUGUCCCAGAUGCCCGUGGCCGAGGGCAAGAGCGUCCAGCAGACGGUGGAGAGCCUGACCAAGAAGCUGGAGCUGCUGGGGGCCGAGAAGCAGGGGACGUUUUGUGUGGACUGCGAGACCUACCACACCGCGGCCUCCACCAUGGGCAGCCAAGGCCAGACGGGGAAGCUGAUGUAUGUGAUGCACAAUUCCGAGUUCCCACUGAGCUGCUUUGCUCUCUUCGAAAGCGGCCCCUGCCUCAUCGCCGAUGCCAAUUUCGACGUCCUCAUGGUGAAGCUCAGGGGCUUCUUCCAGAAUGCCAAGGCCAGCAAAAUUGAAACCCGCGGGACCCGCUACCAGCUCUGUGACUUCCUGGUGAAGGUGGGCACGGUCACCAUGGGGCCCAGCGCCCGUGGCAUCUCAGUGGAGGCACGACGCCGUCUACGGCCCCGCCGACACCAUGGUCCAGUACAUGGAACUUUUCAACAAAAUCCGCAAGCAGCAGCAGGUGCCCGUGGCUGGGAUCCGAUAGCAAGCGGCGGCCCCGGGACGUCGAGGAGGGAGAGGAGGAGGACGGCUGAAGAGGAAGAAGCCCUUCAUCGCCCUCGGGAGCAGCCGGAGGCAGGGCUCUGGUCUCUGCCUCCUCCUCCGAACCGAGAACUGUGACUUCUGUUGGGUGCGUUGCCCCCCACCCUGCUGUCUCCCCCACUCUCCUCCCGAGGCCGCAGCCACUCCGGGAUCAGCCCCCCCCCCCCCUUUUUGGGGGCCGUUCUUGGGGUCGGGCCCCGGCGGGGACGUGGUGACAGACACGCCUGGACGGCCGCCGAAAGCCGAAGAGGGGAGCCGGGUGGCCAGAGAGGGACAUCGUUAGCUGCCCCUCUUCUGACUUGGAGUCAGUGGCUCGUGUCACUGACUACGCAACAAUAAAAGCCUUUUUGUUUUCUCUAAUGAAAA